CCGAAGACAUAAUUCUGGAUCAAUAAAGUGUUUGAAAAAAAAACCACCAUGCAUUUUAAAAUUGCUGUUAUCCUCUGUGCGUUGUACUUCGUGACCAUGACACAGAGCGUCGGAGUCAAUCAGGGUCAAGUCAAAAGGAUUGUUGAUUUAGUAAAAAAAGACGAAAACGCUAAGGACCAAAUUACCCCAGAAGAUAUCAGUAAAGUAUUAACAGAAUUGGGCGUGAAGAAUUUGGCAGGGUAUAUAUACGAAGCAGACACGAAAGACGGUCAAAAAGUACAAAGUAUAAUUGUAUUUCUGACCAAAAACCAAAAGACAGAAGACCACUGGAUGACCACAAGUUUAUCAUCCCAAGAAGUAAUAGUGUACUUGAGCCUGUUCGUACAUAAUGAUAAAGAAGAAGGUGAUUUGGAUGGUCUAGUUAAUCCUGCGGAAUUAAAAAAAAUCAUUGAAGCUUUAAGUUUAAAUGAUAGCCAGAAAGAAAUUUUAACAGGAAAAUUUGAAGGUGCUAUUGAGUUAACGAAGUAG